UUGUAUUUAGUCGGUAUAUCAACAGAAGCGUUCGACAAUUCGAUCCGAUUCGAUAAAUAGGCCGGUAGUAUUUAGCACCAAAAGACGAAGGGUCUAAAUUUGUAGUGUCUAUUUUUGCACUUAUCUAAUGGCAACCACUGGCGAUAUUCUGAAUGGGAAAAUUGGCCACGAUACGAAGAUGAACUUUCCGCUGACCAAAUCGCAGUGGUCCGCCUGGUACACCGCUUUCUACGAAUCUCCCCAGAAUCGUCUGGCCCAGAAUGUUUGUACCGCUCGGGAUCCCAUAAACGCGUGUCUGCGUUCUCUGGCGGACUUGAGUUCCGAAGUGUCCGGCGAAAAAACAUGGCAUGAUGUGGAUACGCAGGGAAAGGCCACCACUGGAGGUCCCGGUUGGAUUUGCACUGGUCUGGACCUUCUGCGCCAGGAAAUGGACAGAAAGAUGCCGCUUCCAGUAGACUUUGAGCUAUCCGCAGGGCAUUUGUUUUUCUGGCACAAGCUGGAGCGAUGCAACUACUUCCUGUGGACAGUGGCCGAUCUUCUGAGGCAAUGCCAACCGCUGGAUGGACGCUGCUUUCGGCAUCUCAUGAAGAAUGCGAUUCCAGAUGGCGGCAACUGGCAGAUGUUCGUGAACCUGGUCAAGAAGUACGGCGUGAUGCCCAAGAAAUGUUAUCUGUCCACCCAGCGGAUCCGGAAAAUGAACAAGAUACUGAGGAGCAAGCUCCAUGAGUACGCUAGCAUGCUGCAUGCCCAGUUCACUUUCAAUGGCAAUGGCAACCGGCUGCCCGAACUCAUCCAGGACAUGAUUCCGCAUCUCUUCAACGUGGUGAGCAUCUGCCUGGGGGAACCACCCGAGGUCUUCAACUGGACAUUCUACGACCACAAGAAACGCUACCAGUCCCUGAACAACUUGACAUCGGUGCACUUUUACGAGGUGUUGGUGGCAUCCACGGUCGACGUGGACGCCUUCGUUUGCCUUGGUCACGAUCCUCGGAUGUCCUCGAGUUCCCAGAACAACUACCAGAUAAGCCACAGUUCCAAUAUGAUAGGAGGUGAGCCGCACCGGUACAACAACCAAUCUAUGGAUGUUAUAAUGCAGAUAAUUGUGGAUUCCCUGGCCGGCGGCAAGCCUGUUUGGCUGGGCUGCGACCUUCGCAGUCAGUUUGCUGGCAAAUCUGAGCCUUUGAGCCUUAAGUCCCAUAAAUUUGACUUGGUUUUUGGUUUUGAAGUGGGCAUGUCCCUCACCAAAGCGGAAAGACUCGUCUACAAAGACUCGCGACGAGAUGCAGCUCUACUGCUAACAUCUGUUGGAAUGGACUCUCUAAAACAACACGUGCAAUUCCGCACAUUUGGUGCUUCGGUUAUUGGUAGUAGGUCAUCCACCUUAAGCAUUAAUGAGGCCGUCGAAGGUGACAAUAAAAAGAAGAAGGAUAAUGAGGAACUGAAGAAGAAAUCUGCGAAAAGCAAAGCCGUUUCAAUGGACGCAGACUGGAUGAGGGAAUACGCCUUCGAGAUUGUGGUCCACGAAAAAUUCGUGCCGCCGGGGGUUCUUCAUGCCAGCCGAAUCCAGCAUUUCAAGGAGCUCCCCGCCUGGGAACCCAUGGGUGCAUUGCUUAAAUAA